ACCUAUAUGUCACCCCAGGAGGUGUUUCAGCCUGUAGUUAAUCUUUUCUGUACUCGACCCAGAGGCUUCAAAGCGCGUCCCAACUGGCUCCUCUCAGCCAGUCUGGAACUCCCUUUUUCCCAAAACGGAGCUAAAACUUUCCUCUGGAGAUGGAAAUAUCUGUUUUAUCCAAGAAGCUGUGGUGCAUCCACAAACAGCUGAUUCUCCUCUUCACCCCACUGGUGUUUCUGCCUUUACUCUUUACUCUUCCAGAGAAGGAGGGAAAAUGUCUUUAUGUGGUGGUGCUCAUGGCAACGUUUUGGUGCACAGAGGCUCUUCCUCUGGCUGUCACUGCAAUGCUUCCAGUCUGCCUUUUCCCGACACUGGGAAUUCUUCCAUCCAAGAAAGUAUGCCCUCAGUAUUUCCUCGAAACCAAUUUUCUCUUCCUGAGCGGUCUUGUGAUGGCCUCGUCCAUCGAGGAGUGGGGCCUGCAUCGCAGAAUAGCCCUGAAGGUGCUCAGCAUUGUCGGAGUAAAACCAGCAUGGCUCAUAAUGGGAAUGAUGAUGACCUCGUCCUUCCUGUCCAUGUGGCUCAGCAACACCGCCACAACAGCCAUGAUGCUCCCUAUUGCUAAUGCCAUCCUGGAGAGUCUGUUCGGAGACCUGGAGACCCUGAAAGAGAAGUGCAAGUCCAAAGAUGAUCCUGAGGUUGAUGUAAUAAAUGGAUGGAUGGGAUGGAGCAGAGUGACUUGAGGACAUCUGAGGAGAUCCGAUCCGAGUCGCAGUAUCAGUUGAAGGUGUGGAAAGGAUUCUUGAUCUGUAUUCCUUAUGCUGCCAGUAUCGGAGGCACCGCCACGCUGACAGGCACCGCGCCCAACCUCAUCCUGAUUGGACAGCUGAAAAGCUACUUUCCAGACUGCGACCUCAUCAAUUUUGGAUCUUGGUUUGCAUUCGCUUUCCCUCUCAUGCUUAUCUUCCUGUUUUUGGGUUGGCUUUGGAUCGCGUUCCUCUACGGGGGAUUGAAUACACGAUUGUGCUUCAAGAAACACGACCAAAGAGCCCGGGCUGAGGUCAGAGCACAGGCACUGAUAGAGGACGAUUACAGAAAACUAGGGCCCAUAAAUUUUGCAGAGGGAGCGAUUUCUUUCUUUUUUAUACUGUUUGCCGUUCUCCUGUUCACAAGAGAUCCCAAAUUUGUCACCGGGUGGUCUGUGUUCUUCAAAAAAGGGUAUGUCUCAGACGCAGUCACCGGUGUGAUCAUUGUGUCCAUAUUGUUCUUCUUCCCCUCGCAGAAACCCUCUCUGAGCUGGUGGUUGGACCCUCAAGCUUCAAAUACUCCAUACAUUCCUCUCUUAUCAUGGAAGAAAGCCCAGGACUCUGUUCCCUGGAAUAUCAUUCUGCUCCUCGGAGGCGGCUUUGCUAUGGCUAAAGCUUGUGAGGAGUCUGGACUCGCCUCCUGGAUCGGAGGCCACCUCCACCCUUUGGCCGAGGUUCCUCCCGCUGCAGCUGUGAUGUUGAUCACUGCUUUUCUGGCCUGCUUCACAGAGUUCGCCAGCAACACUGCCACAAUUAUCAUAUUUUUACCCGUCAUUGCUGAACUGGCUAUCCAUGUCUCAGUGAACCCUCUUUACUUCAUGAUACCCGCAACAGUAGGAUGUUCAUAUGCCUUCAUGCUACCAGUGUCGACACCACCCAACUCCAUCGCCUUUGCGUCAGGACACCUAAUGGUCAAAGACAUGGUGAAAACCGGUAUUGUCAUGAACAUCCUGGGUGUCCUCUCAGUCUCUCUGGCCAUGAACACAUGGGGCGUUGCCAUGUUUGACUUGAACACGUAUCCAGAAUGGGCUCACCCCAUCAACAACUCUGCUGUUCUUACCGAUGUGCACUUCUCAUCUGUCCAGUCGCUCAAUGCUACGCUCUGAUCACUCACCAAAUCUCAGCAUGAGCAGUAAACAGGGACAAAAGUCUGGUAGACGUAUACUCAUUAAAAUGUCAGAACGCUCUGGGAGCUUCCGCUGUUACCUGUGAAUUUAAUACGUUUAUUAUAUUCAAGUGUCUUUGUAGGCUGUCAAGAGUCAAGAUUUCAUGCUGUGAAUGUAAGUUUUGGCAGGCUCUCACGUUUUAAGUUAAAAACAAGCUUCAUUAUUUUACUCUCUGCCUUUUUAAAACUGGACAGAAGAGACAUUUAACCUCAACAACAGCUGUGAAGAGUUUGCAGAGUGUGCUGUUCGUAUUUGAUGCUACUAGGCUGACAUCUGCUGGAAGAAUGAGAGAGACCUCUGUGAACAAUUCUUUUAAAUUAUAUAUUUUUGGUUCAAAUCACAAAAGAGAUCAUGUUAUGUGUUUAUGUAUUAUAUAUACGGUGCAUGUGUAGUUGCCAAAGCCAUAGCACAAAUAUUUUAAAUCUAUCUUUUCUACAUUAGACUGUGAAUCCCUACUAAUGAAUGUGUACAUUUUGUUACAGAGUGAUUUAAAUAUUUAAAACAAGUGCUGUUUUAAAUAAAUUUAGUUCAUAUUGUGUUAAUUUAGUUGCAUGUAGUCUCUGUAUUUUUGUAAUGAGUGAACAUAGCAGGUUUAUUGCUAAGAUAAAGACCUUGUUAUCAGAAUAUUUGCAACUGCUUAACUGUGUAAACGUUUAGCUUUUAAUAGAAACCAACAACAGAAUGUAAACCUCAGUCCUCAGGUUUUAAUUAACUGUCGCUAAUGCUGCAGGUUUCACACAUAUUUAAAACAUUUUGGCCUCCGCACACUCUCACACAGAGAGCCGGAGAGCACACAGUUGUAAAUGCCUUACAAUGUUUGUUUGGUGUAGUAAACUGUCUGAAGUCACGAGGCCUGACAACAAUGGUUAACUUGUGCAAGACUGUGGUGGUUACUGAGUGACAGCAGGGUCAGUGCGAAAGGUCCCAUGGUGUUUAAAUGCAAAA